GAACUCAUUCCGCGUUGUGCAGGCCUAUCGAUUUUCUAACCCGCUUACUAUGCAAGAUUGAGGCUAUAAAACAGUGCGACGUAUAUUCAGAUUGCAUUUUACGUUUGGGACAAGUUUGAUUUUUAAUUAGACCUAAUUACUGAUUUGCUCAAAUGGCACAGAAGAAAGAACAGCUUCGUGAAUUCCUCCGGACUCGGUUGGAUUUGGGUGAAACGAAUGGUUUAGAGUGGAUAAAUAGGGAUGAGCACAUUUUCAAGUUGCCAUGGAAACAUCAGAAUGAUAGCGACAGGGAAGACGACGAUGCUAAACUAUUUCGGGAGUGGGGAAACCACAAGGGCCGGGGACCGAGUAAAGACGCGGACUUGAAGGCCACAUUUCGGUCUGGUCUGAAGAAAACGCGCUAUGUUAAGGUCCUUCAAGAAGGUGAAAACUUGAGACACAAAAUCUGCCAACUCAUAUACCCGGAUGAGGAGGGUGAGAAAACGGUUUCUCCAGGAGCGGGGGUGCGCCGCCGGAAGGACGCCCAUCAGGAUCGUGAAGUCGCUGAAGUGCCGGGAGUAACAAUCAUGCCAGGUCCUGCUGAUAGUAAUCUUCCAACCACUCUCCAGGAAAUAACACCACCAUCUUCUUUAGAGUCCAGCACUUCUUCAAUAAAAAGCGAACUGGACAAAUACCUAAAUGGGGAUAAAGAAAUAACGGUGAAUGCUGAUGAUGUUGUAAACCUUUUCCAAUUCAUCGAAAUGCCUCGAGAUGAAGGCAUGAGUGGUGUGGAGGAAUAUGGAGUCUAUCCGCCGCUCGGGGUGGAAAACAGUAAUUGGGCACAGUCACCAGGAGCAGCUCUGUCUCCGGAUGUUGCUGACAUUCAACAAGCGCAAGUUGAUCAAGGACACGCAACGGGAAAUUUGGAACUUCCAGCCCCCCAACCUAAAGUCCUCCUGUCGUCAUCAGAGAUGCCAAGUGACUUGAGCACCGGACACUUCGGCAAGAUUGACUUCAGCAGAUUCCAAGGGCCUGAUGACAAAAUACAACUUCAGUAUUCUGACAUUUUCCUAAUAAUAAAACAUAGAAGAUACGUCCUCAACAAGUGUCACAGAGGAUGCAGCAGAGGUGUCCGAAUAAGUUAUCUGAAGCCAAAUGAGCCGGAUCUUUAUGAGGGCCUUGGAGCAGAAGUAAUCACUCCUGCACUACCCAACUUCAACGAAGGUGAAGAUGUCUAUACGACGCGUGCAAGGGGACUGCUGGAGGCAAUGAGAUAUGGUCUUUACCUCUAUGCAGAUGAGCAAUUCAACAUCCAUGCUGUAAGAAUUAGCAAACUUCGGAUAUUCUAUGCAAACACAAUUUUCAGAGGGAUCCAUGCCAAACCCAUAAAAUUACCGAAAAAUGAAGACGUCAUUGUCUUUGACAGUAAGGUGUUCAGACAGGCGUUCGAAAAUUCGAUACGGGAACAGCCAGACAGUCCACGGCCAGGCGUGCGAGUCCUUUUCUCAUUUGGUGAGACGUGGGACCUAUCAUCAUCGCUGGACAAGUGUCACCUCUCCGUAGUCAUCGCAAGUGCACCAUUGCUUUUUCAAAUGCACACGUUUAUGAAGGCGUCUGCGUCUUUACCAAAACAGAUGGAAAUGUCAGAUUCGUCUAGUUGGAACUCGUCAACAUCAGCAGUGCAGGAAGUCGGCGCUGAGAUACAGAGAAUGUCAUUUGAUGAUAGCACACAACAGGAGAAAAUAUAGUGACUGUUUCUGCUGUGUUUUCUGGUGUAGGGCGAUAUACUGUAUACCGCCCACUGUAGCAAACAUCUUCCGACACCGGUGUCAGUCUAAGCCUUCUUCCCUCGCAGACACCUUACUGCUUGGUCAUCUUCCCCCAAGGGAGGUCUCCGAAAAAUGUGUUUUUCAUGUUGGUUUUCUGCCCCCCCCCCCCCCCCCGCCCCCGCACGCGCACAAAGGAUGAGAUAUGGCGAUAAAUGCCGAGUGAAAGAACUUAAUCGUUCGGGUUGUGCAGCAACUUACAUGCAGCAUUUUGGACAUUCAGUAUAGGUUAUAUCCUCAUCAUCCCCAUCAUCAUCAUCAUCAUCAUCAUCAUCAUUACCAGAGAAUUAUUGACAAUCCUUGCAAAUUUCGCAUUGCUUCUCAUCUUAUCGGGCAUUGGACUCCUAUGUAUUCCAUUUCGUCAUCAUGAUAAAUGUAAAUAUUUUUUUCAUAUUCUUGCCUUACAAAGGUUGUGUUUUGGUCAAUAAAUUUUAUUUCAUAUCA